AUGGGCCUCUGGAAGGGAGGGAAAGGGGGCAAUUCCCUCACCUAUUCCAGUUUUCCAACUUGCUCCCACUCUCUGUACCUCUUGUUUCCAGGACCCCAGGCCGGAACCAGAGAAAGUCUGGGGGUGGGCAGGGUGCCCAUGUGGCCUCUCUGGACCAUCCUCCUGCUGGUGCUGCCCUUGGGAGGCCUAGGACCACCCUUCUGCCCAAGGGAGACUUUCUGCUUCCUCAUUGCCAUCAUGAAGUUGCUGGGAAGCAAAAAUGAUGGUACUCUUUACACCGCAGAUGAUCUUUUGGUGUGUCCUGCUGAGGCUCUAGGCUGCUUCUGGCUGGAGCUGUCUGUGAUUGGGUUUGAGGAGGGCCCAUCCAUGGAGACUGCUGUGUUCCGGCUACAACGCCUAUUGGAUGCCCUCAGGUCCUGGCUGUGGGUGACUGGCUGGGGCCCUUGUCCACCCUGUGGAGGACACCCUCAGAGACCUGUCCAUCUUUUUCUGGCCAAACUCUUGGAGUUAUUACAGGGUGCUUGUGCUCAGCAUCUGCCCUCAGCACGAACCUGGGAGGUUCGUGGGAAGGAUACAGACUCCCUGGUACUCCCGGAGAGGCUGCGUGGAGAGAGGGAGAGGAGAUUCGGUCUUCAGCCCCAGUUCCCAAACCCCAAGCCUUCUCCUUCUAGGCCAGAGGAUCUCACCCAGAGCCCCAGAAGCCAGGGGAAGAGGAGAGAAAGUAAAAUAUAAGAUACUCCCUCCUCUCUCCUCUUCCAGGAAGGGACCGAGAAUUGCACACCUGUCCUCCAAACUCAUCCCCAUCCCUUGAGGACAGGAAGAGUCUUGUGGCUCACAUUCCUGGCUGCAAAUAGUCACCACGUGGAAAACUUUUUUUUUUUUUUUUGCGGUAAGCGGGCCUCUCACUGUUGUGGCCUCUCCCAUUGCGGAGCACAGGCUCCGGAUGCGCAG